CAAAAAGAAGAUGAUAGGUGGAAUGUAAUCAACUAAAAGAAAAAGAAGAAGAACAUAACCUCCAUUGAUGAAGUGUCUGUUUUUAAUUUUUAAAAGUCAUUUUUUUAUUUAUUUGCAAUAUAUUGGUUGAAAAGUGUUGUUACUUUUAUUUUUAUUAGAUUUUUAAAUAUUUCUAACUAUAAAAUGGAAAAAGUAAUCGACAGAUCUCAAUAUGUUCUUCCAAACGAUCAACCAGUGGUAUCUUUAGAAGUUAAAUCAGCGUUCGAUGGUCUAACCCAAAAAGAAAAACUGUACGCCCAUUAUAUUAGCAAAGCCUCUUGGCAUGGAGGUUUGAUCACCUUAUUACAAACCAGUCCUGAAUCUGGACCAAUUUUUGUACUCUUACAUAAAUAUUUCGCUGCACAGGAUCCUACAGAAUUAAGAAGUGCUGCACUCAAUGCAGGAUUUACUCAAGAUGAAAUUACUGCUUUGUAUGUGUAUUCAUGUGGAGUUUUCUGCAAUGCUGGCAACUAUAAGGGAUUUGGAGAUACAAAAUUUAUACCCAACAUUGACCAAGACCGUUUAGAAGGUCUAUUGAGCAUUAGUCCAGUUUGGAAGCAAUUGGAACCUCUAUGGCUUAAAUUAAAACAUAUAAUUUAUGAUCUUAGUCCAGGCAAAACGUGUCUUGGUUAUAAUCCUGAAGGUAGCACCACUUAUUUGUCAAAAAACUGCAAACCAGAAGAUAAUGACAUUGUACAAAAUUGGUUGAAAUCUGAAAAAAUGGAAUGUUACAAUACCAGACUUUUUAAAACUGUUGAAAAUAAUCAUACAUUAUAUGAAAUUAGAUUAGCAUCUGAAGAUAAAACCUCAUUAAGAUCGCACACUGAUGGAAACGUAACCUUUCAAAUAACUAGCGGCGAUUAUUCGCCUCUCAUGGGAAAGGUAGCUGAUGAUCUACUAAAAGCUGUAGAAUUUGCAGCCAAUGAAACCGAAAUGAAUAUGCUUAAAGCUUACGCUAAUUCUUUCAAAACUGGUUCUCUAGAUGCUCACAAGCUUGGUUCUAGGUACUGGAUUAAAGACAAAGGACCAGCUGUUGAAACGUAUAUUGGAUUUAUAGAAACGUACAGGGAUCCAGCUGGAGUAAGAGGAGAGUUUGAAGGUUUCGUAGCUGCGGUAAAUAGAGCAAUGUCUGCGAAAUUUACGACAUUAGUUUCAAAUGCCGAACAAUUUCUUACUUUAUUACCUUGGAACAAAGGAUUUGAAAAGGACACAUUCCUGAAACCCGAUUUUACUUCGCUAGAUGUCGUUACUUUCGCCGGUAGCGGUAUACCUGCUGGUAUUAAUAUACCUAAUUAUGACGAAAUUCGCCAAACUGAAGGUUUUAAAAAUGUUUCUUUAGGAAAUGUAAUUCCAGCUAGCUAUCAGCAAUCCGUUACCCCAUUUUUAACCUCAACUGAUGCAGAACUACUACAAAAAUGGAGAGUGCCAGCUUUUGAAUUGCAAGUCGGUCUGCAUGAACUUCUCGGUCACGGAUCCGGCAAACUUUUAAAGAAAGAACCCGAUGGCACUUUCAAUUUCCCUCCGAGCUUAUUAGAUCCUCUUACUGGCCAACCUCCGUCCUCUUUCUAUGAACCCGGUGAUACAUAUGAUACAAGAUUCGGUCCUCUAAGUUCGACUUACGAAGAAUGUCGAGCCGAAGCUGUAGGACUGUAUUUGAGUCUCGAUCCGGACGUUUUAAAAAUAUUCGGCCACGAAGGAAAGGAAGCCGACGAAAUUACUUAUGUCAAUUGGCUGUCGCUGGUGUGGGCUGGAGCAGGAAAGGGUCUGGAACUGUGGGAACCAGGCAGAGGAUGGUUGCAAGCGCACGCGCAGGCACGUUUUGUAAUAGCAAGAGUUUUAAUACAAGCCGGAGUAGUCUCAGUUACUCAACCAACUAAAGAUGAUCUUCUGGUGUCGCUAGAUCGUUCUGCGAUUAAAGGAGCAGGCAGGGCAGCUAUUGCAGACUUUCUUCUUAAACUGCAAGUUUACAAAUCAACCGGAAACGUGCAGAAAGCAAAAGAACUCUACAAUCAUUACGCCGAAGUAAACGAGCCUUGGUUAAGUUGGAGAUCCAUAGUAAUGGCUAACAAACAACCUAGAAAAAUGUUUGUACAAGUUAAUACUGAAAUAAAAGAAAGUGAAGUAUGUUUGAAAACAUAUGAACCAACUGUUGAAGGUUUAGUGCAUUCUUGGGUUGAGAGAUUUUCUUCUCCUCAACCAUUAUAUGAAGCUUUAAUUGAACUUUCCAAAGCUGAUGCCCACCAUUUUUAAUAAAUUGCAUUUUAUUAUUUUUGAGAUGCUAAAAUAUAUAUUUUUUUAAUAUACUUUAGCCAAUUGUAUUACGUUAAUUAGAUAUGGAUUUAAAUUGUCUUUAAAAAUUUAAUAAAAC